AACGUCACACGAAGCUGUGAGCACGUUUAUAUGAAAAACGAGAGGACUGCUGGCAGGUAGAGAGGCGCCGGAGCUCGCGCGGAGCCUCGUUCACAUGCGGGAUUUCUACAGCAGCUUCCGUCUGGUUACAGAGCUCUUGCUGAUGGAGAUAUAGAGAAGCAGAAGCAAGGCUAGUUUUAUUUUUCCUGACAGAAAUCAGGGCGGGAGCCGCUGUCUCUCCGACGAUGUUUCCUUUCCUAUUCCAGCGGCGUUGAACUCAGCUGAGGAAAAAUAAAUGUUCUGACUUUCUUCUCCUCUCCUUACGAAGGAUUUCAAAGGCCAAAAUCUGAACAGCACGUGUACAGUAGGCUACUGACAUUAACGACAUGAGUUAUGACUAUAUAGGCUAGUAGCUUUCCUGUAUGCAGCCUGCUGUCUGUGUGUUUCAAAAACAUCCAGAGGAAAACGCCUAUGCUUUAUUGACCAAAGCUGAAACAUCAUGAAAACAAGGUUUGGACCAAAAUGACCGAUGGAGAGACAUAGCUUGUUUGCAUGGAGGCUGCUGUGGACAGACUGUAACAAAAUAACCACAGUCUGAGGUAACAUAAAGAGAGGAAAUAAAUAAGCCACGUUUCACAACCGAAUUCCAGAUAAUGAAACUAGAAAACUACAAAUGGAUGAGAAGGAGUUAUCAUCAGCUGCAUUUGAAUCCUGGAAACCACCACAGACUAACUCGAUGUGUGUGAGACGAGGAAUGAAUUUUGUUGUGUUGUUUUUGUGCUUCAUCAAUGGAUUUGGCUGUUAGCACAGCCCUGCGUGGCAGCAGUGGCAGCAACUAUACAGCUGACACCUCGGGUCCAAGCUUCACUAACCAGCUGGGCACUGCCUCACCUGUUGUGCCAAGGGUUGUUUCCAUAGUGACCAGUUUAGUGACCGCCACCACAGAGGCCACAGUAGGAGCCACAGGAAACAUAUCGGCGUUCAGAGACCAAAGAGGGAGCGAGCACAGUCAAAUCCAUCAGGCGCCGACACCGUCUGUGCUGAGCGCCGCUGAGAGUAACUCUGUCCUGCAGGGCAUCACGGUGGCAGCUCAGGCCCUGGUACUCCUCUCCAUCUUCCUCCUCUCCAGCCUUGGUAACUCAGCGGUCGUCAUCGUCAUCAUCAAACACAGACAGCUUCGAACGGUGACCAACGCUUUCAUCAUGUCGCUGUCGUUGUCUGACUUCCUCACAGCUGUUCUGUGUCUGCCAUUCUCCUUCGUCAUGCUCUUCAGUAAGGACGGUAUCUGGAUGUUCGGGGAUCAUUUCUGUGUGGCCAAUGGCUUUUUCAACACCUGCUUUGGUAUCAUCUCCACCCUGACUAUGACGUUGAUCUCCUUUGACAGGUACUACGCCAUAGUCAGACAGCCACAGGCUAAAAUAGGGCGCCAGAAAGCAACUCAGUUGUUGAUAGCUGUCUGGUUAACUGCAGUCAUUUUCUCUCUGCCUUGGUAUCUGUUGGUCCAAACACCUACAGACAUCCAUAAGCGAGGUUUCUACCACUGUAUGUAUGUGUUCCACUCUGGGACCUCACACAUGGGGACGGCUUACAGCAUCUGCCUUAUUGUUGUAUGUUAUUUACUGCCCUUCUCCCUUAUGUGUUUUUGUCAUUAUAACAUCUGUAAGACAGUUCGGCUCUCUGAAAUCCGAGUCAGGCCGGUGACCACAUACGCAUACUUACUGCGAUUUUACAGUGAAAUGCGAACAGCCACCACAGUUCUGAUUAUGAUUGUUUUCAUAAUUUUUUGUUGGGGGCCAUAUUGUUUAAUGGGGUUGGUGACAGCAAUGGGGGACUACACGUUCAACCCUGCAAUGGACACGGUGGCCAUCUGGCUAGCCUGGGCAAACGGAGCUAUCAACCCUCUGAUCUACGCCCUGAGGAACCCCAAUAUAUGUAUGUUACUGGGGCGGAGCAGAGAGGAGGGCUAUCGGACCAGAAAUAUUGCUGCGUACCUCUCCAGCCAAACCCAGAACCGUGAGAUUCGGCUUAACCAAGCAGAGAGGAUAAGGGACCGCUACGUGAGUCGUGUAGGGGUGAAUCAUAACAGCCGGCUGUCAAGUUCAAGUCCUGGAAAAGGAGGAGGGGGAGAGGUGGCAAUGUGGGCCUGUAAAAACCCUGCUGUGUUCUUCUGCAGGGAUGCCCAGCCUGACACUGCAACGCCACCUAACUCUGUCAGCGCUCCAAAGAUGAAGACAGCUGACACCAGUCUGUGACAUUUCUGAAUUCUUAACCAUCUAUAAUGAUUGGUUUCAUCUCAUCUGUGUUCGUUGUUGUGGAUCUGGAGAUUGCUCUCACCAGUUUGUGACAUUUUUGGAAAUACCUCAUAGUAUUUAUGUCUCUUAAGAUCACAGACUCUCAAAAAUGUGUACGAUUCAAACCCCCACUUAAUCAGAUUUUGUUCCAGGAAUCAAAAGGGUCACAUGAGUUGUUCAUAUACUACUACAUUACAGAACUGUUUACACUAUGUGGGAAGACAGAAGUUAUGAUGGUGAAAACUAGAUUUAAACAGCUGUUGUACAAUAGCUAAUGACUGAGUUUAAUGAAAUUCCUUCCUGAUUUUGGAGGACACCAUGAAGUCCUCUCAAGGAUCCAUUGGACCACCUAAAGGACCUCUGGAAUCCCCUCAGUGAUUAAGCAUGGAAGGGGAUGCAAAACAUAUCUGCAGAAAACCAUGACAAGUUUGUGCUUGUGCUACAAAGGUCUUCAUGUCAAAUAUAAUUUCAUAUGUACUGUAAAUGCAGCAUGUGGAUUUCGAAAAGGAUCUAGUAUUUCCUUAAUCCUAAACCUUCCAUGCUUAAAACAUAUAUGUACUGUACAUGUCAUUUUCAGACUGUUUCCGACUGACACCAUCUGUCUUUUGUUUAAGUGCUUAAACGACCUAAAGUUACACUUUACUUUAACAAGCAGCCUCUUGCUGACGUGAAUAAUGACUAGACUUUCCUCCUUCAAAAGCAAAGUCAAAACUAGAUGGAACCUCUGAUUGCCCGGUCGCACUAGAGAGUGGCACAAUGAAUUUCAUCUAAACAUCUUUGCAAAAAAGGUGAUGCUAUAAGCUUGGUGACUAUUUGCAUGGCUGGCUGUCAAACUACUGUAGCAGGCAAGCUAACCACUAACACACUAGCCAGCAGGGAACAUGCUAACGCCACACGAUUACAAUAGCUCUCCAAACCACUGUUAUAAUAAAUAGGGUUAUAAUAAAGUGGAUGGUGCAACACAGUUAGUAGGCUAUCCGUUCCCACAGAGGUCACCACUGUCAAGACGAUUUCCUAUCAGUCAGCAGUGCAAAUGUGUGAGUCAAAGUUCACCAAAGUUGAUUUGUAUGGGAUGGAUUGCAAAUUAAAUGUAUGGAUACUUUGCACCUGUGA